CAAGAAAUGGAGUACCGUUUGGGAGCGGAGGCACCUCUGUUUCAGAGCCAUCUGUCGGCCACUAAGAAAAUUAGAAAAACCGAUGCUAAUAUGGACUCCCCCAUUGCUCUCUGCUCGUUUAUUUUGUCCUUGUUUUUCUAAGGUGUAUGGUUCUUCCCUCCACCAUGCUUCACAUUUAUCGGAACCUUAUCGCCGCCCUCGACAGGAUGGUGCCGGCCAGACUUCAGAAUACUUGGAAUCACCCUGCAGGCCCAAAGACCGUGUUCUUCUGGGCACCGACAUGCAAAUGGGGUUUGGUGAUAGCAGGACUUGGAGACCUGACAAGGCCUGCUGAAAAACUGAGUACAUCACAGAGUGCAGCUCUGGCAGUCACUGGCACAAUCUGGUCUCGCUAUUGUCUUGUCAUCACACCUAUUAAUUACUACCUCAUGAGUGUAAACAUGUUUGUGGCACUCACAGGGAUGUACCAGCUUUCCAGGAUAUGGAAUUAUAAUAAGAAGCAGAAGGAAGCUGCAGGCAAAUGAUGGGUUGGUCAGAUCUACUCAUUGUUAUGUGAAAUUCAUCCAUUACCAUAGUCUUCAACAGUGAGAGAUAUACUAUAUUUUGCAGGCUUUAAUUGACUUUUUGCAGUAGUAAAGUUUGUGUUGAAAACCAAUCUCUAGAAUUAAUCACUUCCCCACUGAUGCAUGAUUCUCCAAACUAUAAUGAAAGAAUGAUUGGGAGGCAUUUGCAAUUGUUAUUAUACUGUUAUUGAAGAUUAUUUUCCAGGGGCUGCUGGGGUUGUAUUUAUCAUAUUCUUAAAACAACAGCAUUAAAAACUACAGACAAAGAAUGAACAUUCCAAUUUGAUAGUAAAGGAUACAGGGUAGAAUUUGAGGAAUUACAUGUAGCCUCAUAUGCUCUCUGAUUAUACUGCCUUUCAGAGGCAUUUGAAUAUCUCUCCCAUUGUCAUAUGAAAAUACAUGUCACUUUUAUUUUGUGAAA